UCUUGCCUUUUAAAAAUGGCGCCGGCCUCAGCGGCCUCGCUGCCCAUACUCGUGAGGCGCGUGCUAUUGGUAGGGGUCUGGGAACGUCACUCGGACACGCCCCCUGAGCAGGAAGGAGGAAAGAUGGCCGGAGCCGGGGAAGACAAGGAGCUGGAUGAGCUGCUGGACAGCGCACUGGAUGAUUUUGAGAAGACCGGACGGCCCCCCCCAGCCGUGGACAAAGCUGCAAAACCCGCUGUGCCGGAGCAGACGCCUGUAGAUGCUGCAAACGAUACGCUCUUUACAUCCCAGGAGAAGUUCUUCCAGGAGCUGUUCAGCAGUGAGCUGGCGGCCCAGGCCACAGAGGAGUUUGAGAAGGCCAUGAAGGAGCUGGCAGAGGAGGAACCACAUCUGGUGGAGCAGUUCCAAAAGCUGUCUGAAGCAGCCGGCAAAGUUGGAAGUGAUGAGACCUCCCAGCAAGAGUUUACAUCCUGUCUGAAGGAGACCCUUACAGGAUUGGCCAAAAAUGCCAAUGACCUGCAGAACAAUAGCUUACCGGAAGAAGAGUUGUCGCGGGCGAUGGAUGGUUUGGGGAUAGACUGUGAUGACAAAGAAGGAAGUAUCUUGCCUUUCAUGCAAAAUAUCAUGCAGAAUCUCCUCUCCAAAGAAGUCUUGUACCCCUCCCUUAAAGAGAUCACAGACAAGUACCCAGAGUGGCUGAACACGCAUCGGGAUUCCCUGCCGGCUGAAGAGUACCGCAAAUAUGAGGAGCAGCAUAACCUGAUGGGGAGGAUCUGCCAGCAAUUUGAGUCGGAACAGCCGGGGGAGGAGGCUGCCAGAUUUGAGGCUGUGAUGGAUCUCAUGCAGCAGCUUCAAGAACUGGGACACCCACCCAAAGAACUGGCGGGAGAUUCUCCUCCAGGUCUGAAUUUGGAGCUUGACGGUUUGAACCUGAAUUCGGGAAGUGCCAGCGGGGAGCAGUGCCUGAUCAUGUGACCGUGGCCGUCUUGGACAAUCAGGUGGCAGCCCAGCCCGGCAUCUGUUCUGUUUUAGCGUGGCUGCUUAGUCUAGAGAGCAGAUUUCCGUGUAUGGGACGUGGUUGAUGUUUAACAUACGAAAAAACACCAGCAAGUUUGCCUGUAGUGGAUGGCUCAGCCUGUGUAUCGCCUGCCACGAUCCGAGCCUGCCUUAUUUCUCCUGAGGACAUAUAAUGUAAGCGGCUCUCCUGUGCCAGAGCUUGGCGAAACUUCAUGGACACACAGCCCAGCGUCUGUUUAACAUCUGAGUUGCAUGUAACAAAGGAGUUUAAAUUUAGUUUUUAUUCCUUUGACUGUUCAUCUUUCCUUUCUUCUUCCUGUUCCUGUCCAACCGUAGGGAUUGCAAAAUUCCUUUGUACACCACAAGAUAAAUGGUGCUAGAAGUGGGACUGCUUAAUCCUUUGUCAUGUGGUUUGGAGCAUACUUGUCUCCUGCUGUGUAUUGUUGGCUGAUACUUUAUGAGCUGAUGCCAUAAUCAUGAGAUGGCAAACUACCAAUUCCCUAGGAAACUAGUGAUAACACUGAGCUAUGGAGUGCCUCGUGCCUCAGUGAUGUCACCCACGAAUUCAUAGCCUUAAAUUGGUUAAGCCCAAAUAUACGUCUGCAUGCAUUCUGAGUAGAUCAGUGACAGGUAACGUUUACUCUGGUGAGAUGUCUGUUCCUGAUCCAGGUUCUGUGCCUCCAGCAUGACUUAUUCUGGCCUUAUGGCCCACUGUUCCUCACCUGCAGCCUCAGAUCUUAUGGUGACUUUAAGAGCGUGGGACUGAGGGUGAAGAACAUCGGGUCACUAAAGCAGAGAAUGAGACUGCCCGAGACCAGAGCUCUGCAUCAAGUGAUCUCCCUCCAUCUGCUGUUGGAAAGGGCUGCAGACGUGAUUCCGGAUUGAGUGCUCUUCAUUGACAAGGUAAUUUUUAGGAUGGUUUUAUUGGUACCCACCCACUGCUAACCUGAUAUCCACUAAUUAGUCACAGACUAUGAAUUACUGAAUUAUACUCCCAGUGAGGACUGAGUAGUGCCAUGUGAGGGGUUCGUAGGGGCUUAUAUAGUUAAAUUGGAGGCUUCUGGGGUAAUCUGAAAGGAGUUUUGGAGUACAUGUGAGAUCUGAUCAUUUUGGGGUAAGUGGGAGGACUGAAGCGGGUAAGGACCAUUAUGUGGCGUAUGGGGAAACUAUGGGAUAAAGGACUGACGUAGGGCCGUGUGCAUGUGGAAGGAGGGGUGAGCUUAAGUGUAAUGAUGGAAAUGCUGAAACACCUUCUGCACAGACAUGCUGUGUUGUAACAACAAAAGGACAGUACCUGAGAGGGAAACGGAUGCAUGCCCUGACGGCCAUUCACUUAGUACAUAAUAAUAAUAAUGUCCACACUAAAAAUAAGUCCGGAUUUCUCUUUGUGAAUUUAUGUACUGACCAGAGUUUACUGUAACAACAUUGUUGUAUAGAUAAAGUUUGUGGAGAAACGC